GUGGAAAUAGGGGAAGGGGUCAGAUUUAUCCUGAUGGUAGCAAAAGUAACAAUACAGUUUAUAAUGCUACGGCAGGAGGGAUAAUAAGCAAAAUUUUACGAAAAGAGAAAGGGGGAUACGAAAUAACCAUAGUGGAUGCAUCGAAUGAACGCCAAGUAAUUGAUAUUAUCCCUCGAGGCCUAGAACUUCUUGUUUCAGAGGGCGAAUCCAUUAAACUCGAUCAACCAUUAACGAGUAAUCCUAAUGUGGGUGGAUUUGGUCAAGGGGAUGCGGAAAUA